GCUCGAAGACCAAGGGCCCGCCAGAAUCGGCGUGGGCCCUCCCCAUUCGGGGAAGCCAUGGGAAGUGGGGCCAGUAAGAAGAGCAAUGCGGCUUCUGGGCCAGUGCAGGUGAAGCCAAGGAGCGAAGUCCCGCACUAUGAGGGGCUCAGCCUCGGCGCGGCCGCGGACAUCAUAGACACCUUAAACCUAAACCAAGAGGUCGGCAGCCGUCCUUUGGCGCAGGCCAAGGUGGAGGAUGAGGACAUAGAGGCGGAGAUGGCCCAGGCGAUCUCGCGCCACCCAGCCUCGCCCUCGGCCGCCGCUGGAAGCAGCGCUUCGCUGGGGACUUCGCCGGCGCGGCCGCCCAAGGGGAAAACGGCGAGACCGCCCGUCGCCCCGGCGGCUCCGGCGGCAAGCCCCAGAUCGGCGAGCCCCAAAUCGGCAGCGAGCCCCAGAUCGGCCGUAAGCCCCAAAUCCGCGGGCAGAGAGGCCCCCAAGUCCGGCUCGGAGCCGCUGUGCGCGGCAGACCUGCAUGCAGCAUGCCGCAGCGGCGACGCUGCGGCGGCGAGAGGCAUGUUGAAGAAGACCUCGGAGCUGGACGAGGAGACCUUGUUCGAUGAGUACGGGGACUCGGUGCUGCACCAUGCAGCGCACAGCGGGGAACUGGAGAUUCUGAAGCUCCUGCUGGAGAAGCAAGUGCAGGUGGACAUCCCCAACGCGCGGAACGAGACGGCGUUGUCGGUGGCCUGCCGCAAGAACCACACGGCGAUGGCGCUGCAGCUGCUGAAGGCGGAGGCCAACCCCAACCGCCCGGCAACCUCGGGGCUGACGCCUGUGCUGGCGGCCUUCCUGAGCGAUGCCUCCGAGGAGCUGCUGGAGGCGCUCGUGGAGAACAAGGCGGAUCUCAACGUGCAGGACCACCGCGGAGUUGGAGCGCUGCACUCCAUGGCCCUCAGCAACAACCUGCGCCUCAUGAACUGGCUGAUCGAGCACUCGGCGGAGCUGGACCUCCAGACGGAGCACGGCACCACGGCGCUGAUGCUCGCGGCCCGGCGGCCGGAGCUCGAGGGCGUGAAGCGGCUGCUGGAGGCCAAGGCGAAUCCCAACUUGUCCAACAAGGCGGGCAGCAACACCUUGAUGCAGGCCUUCAGUUGCAACCUCCCUGUGGCCCAGCUGCUGCUCGACCACGGUGCAUCCGUGGAGAUGGUGGACUCCGCGGGCCGCAGCGCGCUCUUCCACGCCGUCACCAGCGGCGAGCCCGAGGCCGUCCAGGCGGUGAUCCAGCGAGGAGGCCGAGUGAACAUCCUGGACGAAGAUGCACGGACCCCAUUGUACCAGGCGUGUCUUAUGGGCAGCGGAGACCUGGUGAAGCUGCUGUUGGCCCACAACGCGGACCCCAACCUGGCGGGCCGGGGCUCCUCAGUGCGCCCCACCGCGCCAGAGGAGGAGGACGGAGCCAGCCGAGUUCUGCUCGAAGAGGCCAGAACCUGUUUGCAGAUCUCAACGAUGUUGGCGCACAACGAGCUGAUGGUCUGCUUGUUGGAGCACUCCGCGGAUCUGAACGCUGCCCCGGGCAACCUGGGCUGGAGUGCCUUGCACCUUUGCGCCGUGGUCAACAACGAGGAGGGCGCCUCCCUCUUGCUCCGCCGCGGUGUGGAAUUGUCCGAAGACAUCGAGGGUAACACUGCCAAGAUGCUGGCGGAGCGCGCGGGCCACGAGCGGCUCUUGGAGCUGCUGGCCCACGAGGCGGCCCCCGCGCGGGCGCGGCCCAAGGCACCACUGCCGCCGCUGGCCGGUGGGCGCGAGCAGGCAGAGGCUCCAGAGCUCGCUCCUCUGGAGUCCUUCAAAGAAGAGUGGGCGCCCCGUGCGCCUGGAGACUCCCUGCUGGAUCGGGUUUUUGGACCCAUGGUGCACGAUGCGAUGCUCAGCAGCCAGUGGCGCCAUCGCUGGGAGGCAUACACCUUUAUCUCCAGGAGCUUCGCGGAGCUGGGGGCGGAGCCCCGGGAUCUCAUUGAGGCGGUGAGCCGGGCCACGUGCAUGGCCGCGCGGGACAAGAUCCCCAAGGUCUUCCAUGCAGCGCUGUCCGUGCUGGAGGAGCUCUUGUCCACCAGCGCAGUGGACGAGGUCUCCUGCGAGGACUUCGCUCAGCUGCUGCACUCGGAGGAGGGCAACAUGUUGGAGCUGUUGCUGGAUCAGACAGAUGUUGGCGGCGGGUCCAGCAAUUCGACCUCACCUCAGCAGGCGGCGGCCAACUCCUUGUGCUCCUGCGUGCUGCACGGCCGUGUGUCUUUGGACGAAGCGGCUCUGCCACUCUUCCAGCGCAUUGACGAGCGACUCAGAGCGCUGACCAAGGACGAGAGCAAGAUCCCCAAGUGCCUCGCUGCAAAUCUGAAGCUUCUGGGGCGCAUCCUCACCAGUUUCGGACUGCAGCAGUCCGGGCUGUUCCGGCGGGCGCUGCUGCUGCCGCUGCUGCUGCGGGCGGCUGCAUGUGAGCAAUCCAAGGUGCGUGCAGCCUCAGGGGACUGCCUACUGCAGCUGCUGUCGCUCUCCGGGGGCAUGGAGGAGCGGCUCUGGGACCUGCUGCCGCCCAAGGCCAAGAAGCGGAUCCAGAGCCUCGCCACCGGCCACGAGGGCAUUGCCCUGCUGAGCGCCACGCCCUGCGACGAGGACGCCAUGGCCAAGGAGGACAUCGUGGCAGAGGAGGGCCGGGCAAGCGCCUUCCUGUGCGUCUCAGAGCUCAACUCGCUGACCUGGUCGGCGCUCAACGGGGAGAGCGUGGCGAGGUCUCCAAAGGCCAGUGAUGCUUUGGGCCUGGCAGAUGAAGCAGCGGCGCAGGCGCUGGUUGCAGCCUUCAGCAGCAAAAACUGGAAGCAACGCGCCGAGAGCGUGAACGACCUGGCGGCCAAGCUGGCGGCCGCAGGCGAAGGGGUGAAGUUGAUCGAAGGGGAAGGCGACGGCGGGGGCCCGCUGCUGUCUCAGUACGUCCUCUGCAGCUUGCGGAUCUCGUUGCUGCAGACGGAGCUGGGCACUUUGCUGGCCGACACGGUGACGGCCGUCUUCGUCAGCGCGGCGGAUCUGCUGCGCUUGGUUUGCAGCCAGGUGCCGCUGUACAUCGCCCCGCUGUUUUUGGAGCCGCUGCUGCCAUCGCUGGUGGCCCGGCUGCUGGACACCUCGCAGAAGGUGCGGCACAAGGCGCUGGAGACCACCCUGGAGGUCUGUGCGCUGCACGGCAGCGCCUUGAGCGAGAUGGUGGCCUGUUGCGUCUCCAGCGGCAGCGCCUGGAGCUCUGCUUCCGAGAAGUCCGGGGAUCGGUCCACAGGGCCUAGACUGCAGCUGCUGACACAGAUGGUGCAGCGCAUGCAGGACCGAGAUUCAGCGAGGAGUUGGUCAGAUGACACCUGGAGCUCCCUUUGCAGCUAUGCGCUGAAAGCUGCGGAGAACAAGAGUGAGACAGUGAGGAAGCAGGCAGCGAGCUUGCUGGAGGCUAUUGCCAUGGUAGGAGGCCGCGCUGGAGAGAUUGCGGAGCACGCGCUGGGCCAGGUGAAGGCCAUGGCGGAGGAGCGGCAGAAGCAGAAGAUGCGGCCGGGCACUGGAGUGCGACCCUUGACCGGCCGCACAGGGACGGCAAGCUCCCGGCCUGGUACAGGGGCGCUGGGUUGCAGCGGACGCCUAUCCAACAUGGGGUCCACCUUCAGCAUGACCCUGAACUCCACUGGCCGCCUGAGCACGGCGAACCGCUCCCGCGGCGGUGCCUCCGGGAGCUUCCGCCCGGGCACCGGGCGCCCGGGCACUGGCUCGGCCAUCUCCAUGGCCGACGAGAGUGACAACUCAGUGCACAGCGAUGCACCAGCGGUGGAGGCUGAAGAUGGCGGGGCAUUGGAUGACGGCGUGAAGUUCUUCGACGUGGUGCGCUCUGCCGGGGGCGCGGAUGCGGUGCCGGAACCGGCAGAGGGGGAGGCGGCCCUCAAGGAGGCCUUGCCGCUGGCGGAGGCGCUGGACGAGGUCGCUUUAGACUUUGUGGCGCCCCUCAUCGCGCUCUUCGGCGAGGGCUGGACCAGGUGCUUCUACAGCCGGAACUGGCAGUGCCGCGUGGCGGCCCUGACCCAUCUGUCGGCAGUCAUGGCGCAACGCCUGGAGGCCACAGACAGCGCCAACAUCGCAGAGCUGCUGGACGGCUGCAUGCGCGCGGUGCACGAGGGUCUAGGCGACCAGAACGUCCGGGUCUACGCGGAGGCCUGCAUGUCGGUGACGGCGAUCGUGCCGGCCUUCUGCGGCACGGUGGACGGGCGCUUGCUGGUGGCCCAUUUGGCGCCCUUGCUGCGCCAGCUGUGCGCGCGUAUGGGGGACUCAAAGGAGGCGGUCCGGACCCAGACGACACAAGCCAUCUUCCGGCUGAUGAACCCCCCCACAGGGAACAUCGUCAGCCCGGUGGCCAUUGCCAUGCUGAUCUUGCGGCACCUCACACCCAUGAAGGAGGAGGACGCGGAUUCCCCGAUGGCCUCGGUGAGCAAGGGCGCCACGGGCAAGGGCGCCACCACAGGCUGGCUUUGUCGCAUCGGAGCGCUUAGAGAUCUCUGCAAGGAGUACUCCAAGUCCAUUGUGCAGCAGCCGGGCAGCACCAACCCCGGGGAGUGGCUGAGACUCGCCGACGGCCUCAAGCACUCAGAUCCCUACGUGCGCCACGAGUCCGUGCGCCUCUACGCCCUGGUCUGCAAGAUGCAUUUGAAGCCGCUGGGCGACGAAGAGGCGCAGCGCCCGGCUCGGGAGAUCUGGGUGGCCGCGCUGCCGAAGGAUGUGCCGGGGAAGUCAGUGGCACAGGUCCGAAAGUAUUUGAAGCUUCCAGACACCGGCGCUGCUCCCAGCUUGGAGCGGCAGAAGAGUCUGAGCACGGCGGCGGCGCCGUGGCAGGUGCCGCCUCAGCUGGCCACGUGGGCGGGUUGCCCCCUAGAGGCGCUCGCAGCGCUGUGCGCGCCGCAGGCGGGUGAUGAGAAGGCUGUGAUUGCGGCCUUGAAAGCCUUAGGCAAGGGCAAGGAGGCCGACAAGACUGACAAGGCGAGCUGUGAGGAGGCCUUCUCAGGCAUCUGCCGGGCCAUCCAACAGGCCCUGGCCUACCCCACUGGCAACGAUCGCUUUGUCUUCCUCACUUCUGUGGAGCUGUGCCAGAGUGCGGUGCAGCAACUGGGCCCCUCCCUCUCGGGUCUCGACCUGAACAUGGCCUUGGCCAAGGUCUUUCCCACUCUCAUGGAGCGCACAGCGAUGUCCAGCGACGUGAAGGUGGGGGUGUCCUCGGACAAGUUGGUACAGCAGCUGGCCAAGCACCCCAAGGUGGGCUGCGAGGCUGUGACCAAGAUGGUCAUCGCCUCCGUCGCUCGGUCCGAGCGCCCCUCGCGGCCCCUGGUGCUGCUGCGCACCCUCCUGGGGGACUUUGGGCUACGCCUUUGCGCGCAGAAGGACGUGGUUCUGCUGCUGCUGCAGGCCCUUGCCACCCAGCUGGAGAACGAGGCCGAGUCCAACGGCCAGGUGCGGGCGCAGCUGGUGGCGGUGCUGGCCACCUGCAACCAGUUCUCCAGCGAGACCGUGCGCUUCUGCCUCAGCGAGGUGGAGGUGUCGCAGCGGAAGCCGCUGCUGGCGGCGCUGGCGGAGGCCCCGGAUUCGAAGCUCAUGGCGCUGGGCGCCGCCGCCGCGGAGGAGGAGGUGGCAGUGGCCGGCAGCGCCGUGCGUGCCGCGUCGCGGAGCCGGGGCAUGUCACCGCUGUCCCAGUCGCCGGAGGGGCCACGCAACGCCCGGCCUGCGGUUCUGUCCAGACACACCAGCCGCAACAACUUGGGCAAGCCGCCGGAGGACCCUCACGGCCCAUCCCUGCGACGGUCCGACUCCGGCCGCACAGACCGGACGGAGCGCACCGACGACGAGUCACCUGGAAUUCGGGAUGGCACACGAUCCCACAGCACCAGAAGGAGAGAAGGCGGAUCGACUGCUCGCCGCAGAAUGAGGCGGCGGGUUUGUCUGCCUCCACUGCGGCGUCUACGGAGUUCCCCUCCGAGUCGCCGCGGCCGUUCGGCAGCCGCACCACAAGCACGCCGAAUCUCAGCAAGAGCCUGGAGGCCUCCCCCCGGUCAAAGCCUCCAGCGCCCAUGAACCUCUCGACCGCGCUCAAGGGCACGGAGCGACUCUGCCCUGCCCUCCUGCCUUGAGGGUGCGGCAGACAAAGAUUGUCCUGUUCCGCCCCUUUGUUCGAUGCAUGCCGGCAAUGACAAACGUCAUUUCCAGGAAUUUCGCCGUGCGGGUGAGAUCGCCCGCUUGGCCCAUAGCUCGCUUGACUCACUUUGAUUGAAGUGCAUGGUACAAUGUCGUGGAG